CUGCAACCAACCGCCAUCAUGGUCCGCGAAAAGCAGCCCGUCUACGUCCUCGGCGUGGGCAUGACCAAGUUCAUCAAGCCCCGCGGCAAGGUCGACUAUCCCGAGCUUGGAUUUGAGUCUGGUGUAAAGGCCAUGCUGGAUGCGCACAUCAACUACGACGACGUAGACCAGGGCGUGGCGUGCUACUGCUAUGGCGACUCGACGUGCGGCCAGCGCGUCUUCUACCAGUUUGGCAUGACUGGCAUUCCCAUAUACAAUGUCAACAACAACUGCUCGACAGGCUCGACCGGUCUAUACAUGGGGCGAACCAUGAUUGCCAACGGAGGUGCCGACUGCGUGCUAGUUGUGGGCUUUGAGAAGAUGUUUCCCGGAAGUCUUCAGACCUUCUUCCAGGAUAGGGCAAACCCAACAGGAACAUCAAGCCUGAUGAUGAAGGAGACUCGAGGCAUUACAAAAGCGCCUGGUGCCGCGCAGAUGUUUGGAAACGCCGGACGGGAACACAUGGAGAAGUAUGGCUCGGAGCUCAAGGACUUUGCAGAGAUUGGUCGCAUCAACCACGCCCACUCCAAAAACAAUCCUUACUCGCAGUUCCAGGACGAGUACACGCUCGAACAAGUCAUGAACGCCCCUAUGAUCCACGAGCCGCUUACCAAGCUUCAAUGCUGCCCAACCUCUGAUGGCGCCGCCGCAGCCGUCCUCGUCUCACAAGAAUUCCUCGACAAGCGCCCUGAACUCAAGGACCAAGCCAUCUUGAUUGCUGGACAGAGGCUAGCCACCGACACACCGUCGCUGUUCAACCGCAGCGCUAUCGAGCUAGUCGGUUACAGUAUGAGCGAGCUAGCCGCCAAGGACGCAAUGGCCGAGGCCAAGGUAUCUCCCGAUGAUGUCAAGGUGUGCGAGCUUCACGACUGUUUCUCGGCCAACGAGAUGGUUACCAUCGAGGCAUUGGGCCUCGCAGCCAAGGGCAAAGCCCACGAGCUGAUCCGCAAAGGCGGUAUCACGUACGGAGGCAAGGUCGUCAUUAACCCGUCGGGCGGCUUGAUUUCCAAGGGCCAUCCCCUGGGCGCCACGGGCCUGGCCCAAUGUGCCGAGCUGGUCUGGCACCUGCGUGGCUGGGCCAACAACCGCUCUGUCAAGGACACCAAGGUUGCCCUUCAACAUAACCUGGGCCUGGGCGGUGCUGCUGUCGUCACCGUGUACAAGAGACAAGACGGAUCCGCUGCGACGGACAAGUCGGACGACCAGAUCGCCAAGGCCACGGGUCUGGGCUACAACCCUGCUACAGUAGCAAAGGGAUUCACCAAGGAGCAGGUUGAGUCGGUCGUGAGCAAGAAGGCGAGGAGCGAGUGGGCGCUACAGGAUACUCAGCAAAAGGUUGAGUCGAGGUUCUAGAGUUGAUGGUAUUUGUAGCGAAUUGUAUGAUUGAAAUACAGAGCCAUGUAGUCAUGCUCUGCUGAUUUAUUCCCUUGCCUAGAUGCGUCGAUCA